AUGUUGAGAACAACUUUAUCAAAGAUUAAAAAAGUCUGUACACUCGCAAUUGUCCCUCGUAUUCUUCAGGGAGAGGCGAAAUAUGUCCAAAAGAAAUUAGCAAAAAAUUCCAUAAUCGCGUCGCGGGCCACAAAGAGUACCAGUUCAAAAAAUUCAGGAUCCAAGGAUGACGCGGAGCACAAAAAUCCAGUUGAUAAGCAACCUAUUCAAAUAUUGGAAAAACCAGAUGACAACUUAAAUAAGUCUGUAGCGCAACCUCCAGAUGAUAAUUGUGAAGUAUGCAACCGAAUUAUAAACAAAAUUUUCGAAAAUGAAACUGUUGGUAAACCACUCGAACAGGCCACUGUCAACGCAACAGCUAAAGCUGAUACUGAAGAAUUGGAACAGAAAAUGGAAAAGCUUGAAGAAACACCUAUAGUACCGUCACCAUUAGAAGACCAAACUACACCGAGGGUCAUUGGAAACCAGCAAGUUCUAAGCUCAAUGACGGAAGCUGAAUUUUCAGAGAGCAAGAGAUAUGACAGUAGUUUUGACGAACUGGCAAAAAAGUGUCUUGGCGUUCCACCCAAUGAUGUUGAUGAAUAUAUCAUUAAAGAACUGAGACAAUAUUACGAACAAACCAAAGGAGACGUGAAUGCGGGAACAUCGAACGAAAGAUAUUAUAGCCAAGUACUUUAUAACCCUGAAGUAAUACAUCUAGGUAAAGUUAAUUCCGCUACGGAAGCGGCUAACGUUCUACAUGACUUCAAAGACGAAGACAAUGAAGACAGGUUUAUUCACGUUUACAAAGCAGAGAUUACUCAACCGUUACUUUUUGAUAUUUUAUCGACAUAUGAAGAGGAAACAGAUCUGAACAGACACUUACUAGAAAGGCCAAGUUUUGAAACUCCAUUACUGUUAAACCCAUAUGACAACAAUUUAAUGUUUCCACUCGAUGACUACGAACUUAGAAAAGAUUUGAUACUCGAAGCACCUAAAGUUGAAGAAACAAUUACUGUACAAGAGAGUGAAGUUACUAAGAAUGAAGCUAUGCCCCCAGCAGAAAUGGAAAUUGAAUCUGAACAGCCUGCCAUCAGCAAACAGCUUCAAGGCACCGUAGCUGGGAUAAGUCUGGGUGUACCAGAAAACAUCUCAACUCCAGAGAGCCCGCAUACGUCAAAGAUAACUGGUAUAGAAAAUAAAGCGUUUGUCUAUACACAGCACUCACAUAGGCCACCAACAGAACCACCACCAGAUUGGCAAACGCAAAUUGGACAACACAGCGAUCGACAACCUGUAACUCCAAAUACGUCAAUAUCAGGAAAAAUUCCUGAAAUGGAGAAGAAACGACGUCAACACACUUCCGAUUCGGCUAUUUCGUCCCAUCAAAACCUUCAUGAUCUCUAUAUGAUAGGAAUCAGUAACGAAAUAUCAGAUAUCCCAGAAAUCAAAGCAGAAAAUCUCAGUAGCAAUGUUUUUUCAUCUAAAUAUUUGGAACUUCAAGAUGAGAACGAAAUAUCGGCUUAUGUAAGAAGGGAUCCUUAUACUCAUUUCAUUAUUGAACCAGAACCUAAACAGGAACAAGAAGAAGUAAUAACAAAGGCGGAUAAUAUCGCAAACGUUUGUUCCGAUGACGUAAAGAAAGUUGAAACAGCUCAGAACUUGGAGGGUAAAAUAGCUGCUACUACAGGACCUAUACCUAGCAUCAGUGAAUCUGAGAUACCCCUGAAAGAGAUGCUCAGAAGAAUCCGCGAGCGACAUCGCCAAGAACUGUGUCGCGACUUCUUCCAGGAAGCCAGUCAAUUCCAACUCUCCACUGCGUGCAAGCCUAAAAUGCCCUUUCCAAGUCCUUGCAAACCUAUUCCCAAAGAGAAACCUAAAUCCGAAUGCCCACCGCCACCCAAAAGCCCUGAAAAGACAGACCCAUGUGCACCGAAAAAAGACAACCCAUGCUCAAAAUUCACCCAACUUGGGAACCAAAUUUACAAUUCGAUUUGCUUCAUCCGCCUCACCCAUUUCAAUUCGUUUGGAAAUGUUCAAACAAUGCCCAUAAUAAAUUACCAACCGUAUAAGCAAUACUCCAAGGCGAUAUCAACGACUACACUGCAAAUCCACUGUUUGAAGGAGAAUACAAUUGACGCGUUGGACGUGGACCAUAUGGGAGACGUUAUAUUAGCCAGGGACUACGAGCCGUGGACACCGAUCCCUUCCUGGCCGAUUCCCAAGAAAGAUCAGAAGAAAAAGCUUGUUUGCCCCAAGGAAGGGUGCAAGUUAUUACCACCGCCUCCCUUACACCCAGCUGAUAAAGAUAAGCCAUGCGUUAGUUUUCCAAAAAAGACAUUCUCUUUGGCCGAGUUAUUUGAGCACCAACCAGUAACAAGCGCUAGGUACUAA